UUGUUCCGCGGGUCUUGCGGGGAUGUUGCGGGUCUCAGGAUGAGGCGGGAUGAGUCCGUCCUGUCCCUUUAAGAAGCAGCAAUGCAGCAGCGGCUCUCGCCUCAUUUCGUCUCGGUGCCUCAUGGCUGCAGGAUGGACUCUCAUCAGCACCGCCAGCACCAUCAGGUCGGGCCGGAACCGAGGCUCUUCGGCGGUGCCGAACCGGUUCUGUCUCCCCAGCACAGUCAUUACAGACCGGCUGUGAGGGAUCCCACUGUCCCCUGUUAGCAACAGCAGAGACGACCUCGGAUUCGCUUUUUCACGCCAAAUGUCUCUCACUCCGAGUCGGAAGUCGUCCUCCAUUCAGCGCAGGCGCUCGGUUGGAACAAGUGGCGGCAGCAGGGGGUGUUCCCAUAGUGACACGUCCAGUACUUACACUUAUCCCGGGCGGUUGAGGGGUUCUGAUGGCAGCCCCGCAGCCCGGACCAAUCCCAGCACGCCCAGGCGCCAGCCGAAGCACACGGCCUGCAUCAACAACCAUGGGAUCAAAGUCCCGGCGCCCGAGCAGUACCUGACCCCGCUGCAGCAGAAGGAGGUCUGCAUCCGACACCUGAGGGCCCGGCUGAGGGAGAACGUGGAGCGACUGCAGCACAGGGAUUAUGAAAUAGAAGAGUUGAGGUCCCAGCUGAACAAGAUGCAGGAAGACUGGAUAAAGGAGGAGUGCCACCGCCUGGAGGCCCAGUUAGCUCUGAAGGAGGCCCGUAAGGAGAUCCAGCAUUUGCAAGAAGUGGUGGAGUCGGUCAAAUCCAACAUUGGCGUCCAUGAUCAAGACCCUCACGAUUAUAAGCCAUACUCAGGGCUGCAGGCAGUUCGGCCUGGAGGAAAGUCCAGGUCCUGUGGUUGUUCCCCCGCCAGCACCUUGACCCGCGGUUCCACCUUCACCCGCCGGAGCAGCGAGGCUCUCCAACUGGACCGCAACGCUCCAGAACCGAGCGGGGCGCCUCGCUCUGCGGGACAAACCCACGUGCUGCUGGAGGCAGCGCUCCUGUCCGAGCAGCUGCCGCACCAGGCCCACCACCCCCGGCCCGGCCCGGCCGUCUCCCACUCGGCCACCUGCGAGCGUCUGUGCAGCGGCGGCGCCGUGCUGCCCGUGUCCCACUCCUGCCACUCCCUCAGCAGCAGCUGCAGGUGCGGCGGACACGCCUACCUCCCGCAUCAUCACCUGUUUCUUCACUUGCCUCAAGAAGAGCCGCCGCUUUCAGCAGCAGCACCAGCCGCCGUCCCGGUUCCAGUCCCGGAGAAGAAGCCAGAGGUCCGGUCUCAGGGCUGCAGCCCCACCAUGACCUGGCUGAGCGAGGAGAGCAGCGCCGAACCGCUGAGCAUCAUUUCCACAGGGAAACCAGAACUCACCCCUUCGGAUCCACGGUCCAUGUCAACAUCUUUACCUCUGCUGUCUCCUCCAGAUCUCCCUCCCAUUGCUGCCGACAAACCCGAGGACGCCAGGAAGGUGCUAAAAGGGCCGCACACCCGCCAGCCCAAGCCAGCAGAGCCACUUCCUGUUAGACAGGAAGCCACUGUGCUGGAGUUUGACGAGGACGAAGCAGAGGGAAGUGAGGACAGGCGUCCCCCGGAGUUGUCGCACUGGAGCCGCUACUUCCUGGUAGACCUUCUGGCUCUGGCGAUGCCGGUGGUUCCCACCAUGGCGUGGCUGUGCCGGGGGGCGCCGCAGGAAGUGGUGCCCGCCUACCACAUCGGCUCCCUGCUGAGAGGCUGCUGUGCCGUGGCCCUCCACUCGCUUCGGCGGCAGGGCGCAGGCCGGGGCGGGCCGACCUCCGACAUGAACAGGACAACUUCAGUCUGACUCUUCACGCCCGCUUUUAGAUGAACGGGGAUCUGUUAUGCCAAAUUCACAUUUUUAUGCUUCCAUUUGUGUCUCGACUGCUUCUUAGAACAACCCAAGCAAUUAAAAACAGAACAUCCAGCUGGUUGACAAUAAGGCUACGUUCAUAUUGCAGCCCAAAGUCACCCAGUUCAGAUUUCUGGUCGGGUAUCAAAGACGUUCAAAUCGGUUGGAUUCACAAAAAAUAUGUGUUCAGACUGUCAUGAAAAUAUCAGAUUCAGGUCACAUUACAUAAAAAAAUAAGAAUCGGAAUUGGGUCACUCCGGACUGCAGUUUGAACGCAGCCCAAGUUAACAUUUUUAGCGUUUAGAAAACCGUUUCAAAACCUUCCGUUGCUUAUCAACUCCAGCCCAUUACCGAGCAACCCAGUCGAAGUUCCUGGAAAAGACGAGCGUUUUGUUUCUGACGUACCAGAAAAGAUGCUUGUAUCAUGUUUGCAUAAUGUCUGUUUGCAGCCAUUUUCAUUUCUGGGUGUAAACAUUGAGUUGGGGGCGUGGCCAGCAGCAGCUUGUUCUGUUUUAAAGUGACAGGAGGCCCUGAAACUGAAUAAUUAUGUACAAAAAUGUAACGGACAUGUUUUGUAGUGUCCAUGGAUCUAUCCUAACAUGUUCAAGGAAGCAAUAAUAAGUCAAAGUUAACACACCACCAGUCUAACCAUCUGCAGAUCAACUCUGUCUUUCAAAUCCCAGUCAUAUUGGAUUCCUCCUCAUUUAGGAAUUUUAGUAAUCAAAUAAUUGCGUGAAUAAUUGUGUCAGCCAGUUAGACACAUAUAUCCCCUCUGCUUUAUUAUUGAGAAGUUUAAUCAGCUUUUCAGUUCAAAAACGGAAUCUCAUCACACAGAAUUGCAUUUUUAGCGUUUUUUUUCCCUUUUUCUUAUGUUUAUAAUUUUGCGGCUUACAGCAAAUGAAAACCCAAAAUUCAGUUUCUCAAUAUUAAAUUGGGGAUUUAUGUCAAGACCUUUGCACCAUUAAACAAAAGCCAUUUUGCCCUCAGGCCAGCUAAAUAAAGCUUUAGAAUUAAAUGUUAAUGUUUCCAUUUGUUAUAAAGGCUUAUAAUAGGAAAUUUGUUGAACAAUUUAAAGAAGCACAAUUUUAUUUCUAGUUUUAUAUAAAAAAUAUUUAAAACGUGAUUAUCUUUGCAAAAAGAUGAAUAGAUGUAAAGAAUAUGAACAGCUGCUUUUAGUGUCAUUCUGUUGUGCAAGUUCAACACAAUUAUUCCAUAGAAAAUCUGGAAAAACUACUAAAACAUGCAAGACUUAAAGAGCCACUUGUGUCUCUUUAAUCAUCAACACCAUUCAAUGAGGAAAAGAUUAAUUGCAAAACGAGCCGUUCAGAGUUUUAUUAGAAAGUUCAGUGGAAGAAAAACAUGAACAAGUAUAAUCUUAAAUCUAGCCUGAAAACGUUUUUUUGUUUCACGUGUUUUGGUCAGAUUUGAUUAAUUUGUUUUAGUUAAUUUCACUCUGCUAAAGGUACAUUUCUGUAUUAAAAACAUUCCCUAUUGGUUCAUGUAAUAUUCAAACUUUUAUGAGAAACCAAAUCUUAGAUUUAAAUUUUUUCUGAGUCAUAGUCAUCAAAACAAACAAUACAUUCUUAAAAUAUAUAGUUCUGCUUCAGUGAGUUUUAAACUGACUGUUAUAAACCUUUCAAGGAUAUUCUGAUCUAUAGAGAGCUGUAGGUGUUCUGCUCCUUCAACAAUUUGCAUGUAAAGCACAGAUUGUUUCAGACCCUGCUUUGGUUUUGGUGACCAACCUUCAAGACAACAAUGUACAGUUUAUACAAUUAAAAACAAUCUGAAGUUAAAUUCUUCUCUUUUUGUAUCAAAAAGUUUUUAAAAUAGCUUCAAGGAAAUGUUAUCAGUGUUUGAGUGCAACAAAGAGCAGGAAUUCAUCUUAGUUUUAUAGUUAGAUCUGAUGUUUUAAAGCAUUUUUACACCUGUUUGGUGCAGGUUUCUUGCUGCAGACGGGGUACGAAGGCCAUUGUAGAUAAAAAAAGGAGUAAAUUUCCAACAAACAGCUGAGAAAUUCUGAGAUUAAUAGUAAUUUUCUCAACAAAAAAAAAGCUUGGAAAUUAAACAUUUAUUUAAAAAAAAAAAAUUCUGAAUUUUAUGGUCAAAAAUCUAAACAAAAUGUGUUUUCAUUUUCUGAAAGCCAUAAUGAUCAAAAUUACAACAAAAAGGCUUAAAUAUUUUACUGUGUAAUGAAUCUAUGGUUCCACUUUCUGAAAUGAGUCAAAAAGGAUUAAACUUUUUCACAAUAUUCUAAUAUUUUGUGAUGAACCUUUAUAAAGAUUUAACACUUUGUCAUCAAUGUACAAUAAUUCAGUCCAGGUUUGACUAGUCUAUGGCGCUUCUCUCCACAGCUUAAAAAUCCUUCAAAAUGUUUUUUUUUGUGUUUCCAAACGUAGAAUAAAGUAUUUUAUGAAC